AUGGUAUUUUGGUCUGCGCUAGCGCAGAAUGCGGUAGUCGCGGAAGCGAUGACUGUCAACGCGGAAAUCGGCAACCUUAUAUUCGCCAUAUUGUUUGCACGCACGUUGCGCUAGCGAAAUCCGGUCGGAGUGGUGUUUCGCAAGUGUGAUACGCGCGCGUGGUGGUGAACCACACGGAACGAAAGAGAGAACGAAACGAAGUGUCGAAAGCAAGGAAAAGUCUCUCUCUCUCUGUAGGGAAGACAGAGAAAGUGGGAGAGAGAAAAAUAGAGAGAGAUAUUGAGGGACUGGUGGUGGCCCAGGUGCAAUGUCAUAUCACCGUGGGGGCCAGGCGGGCGCCGUAGCAGUCUCGUACAGCACCAGCCCAAUGACACCGCAUUCUCCUAGCAGGCGAUGUUCCAGCGGUAGCAGUGGCACCAGCAGCACCGCGAUCGGCGGCACCUCCACGUCCAAAUUGAACAGCUACCGACCAACCGGUUCAUUCUACACCACGUCGACCAGUUCAGGAUAUCGUUCGAGCUGCACGCCCGAGUACAGACGAUCUUACUGUCCGUCAAGCAGUUACUACUCGUUAACAUCAACCAGUUCGAGCCUCCGCAGGAACUACGUGUCGGACUAUGGACGGUCUCGCUGCUCACCCGCAAGGUCAGUUUCAUCGUCAUCGUACGGGAAUACGGGCACAAGCGGCGGCGGCGGUGGCGGCGGUGGUUCGAAUGUGACGACCAACGGAACAAGCAGCAGUAGAUACGGUGGACUGUCGACGUCGUCGUCGUCGUCGAGCAUCUCCAUCACCGGUUCGUCGAGGGACAGGGGCCAGGACACGUCUUCCAGAAACAACGAAUCGUCGCCCACGACAGCGGAGCUGAUCAGCAGGUACUCGCCGUCCGGCUACGUGCCCAACAUCCGGCAGACAAGCGGCACCAGCAACACGACAACAACAACAGCAGGAUCCCAUCAUCAUCAUUGGAAACAUCAUUCGAUCGGUUCGUCGUUGACCGAGCUGUACGGCGGUGACGAGCGCGAGGUAGCCGGGACCAGAGAUCGUCCCGAGUCUUCUCUCUCCUCGUCCUCAUCAUCGUCGUCCGCCACCGCUGUUGGCGGUGCACUCUGGUCCAGAUCAAAGAGGGGACCAUUGUCCAGCAGCACGGUGCUCACCAGCGGGCAUGCUCGCGCGGAUACCGCCGCGGCGUCGCCUGGCGAGGUAACGAUCGACGAUCGCGGCACCGUCCGCGACCCAGACGAGAACGACGACGACGACGACGACGACGAGGACGAUGACGAUGACGGGAACGACGACGAUAACAACACCGACGACGAUCAGCAGAAUAACAACAUCGGAAACAACGAGGAUGCCUGCGGAUACGCCGUGAACAACAACGACGACGUGCACGACGAUGACGACGAUGACGACGAUAGCAACAACCUGAACAACCGCCAUCACCACCAACAACGUGGCGGUGCUCAUCGUACCGACGAGGUCGUCGUCUCACCGAAGCGUAGUAGUAGUAGUAACCUCCUCACGCCCACUGUACCUGGUAAUGCGUGUAACGCUGAACCGCUGAUGAUCAAUAACAACGGUCAGGAGACGAGCCCAGGCCAGCUGGACGAGGACGUCGAGGUGAACAACGAGGUAAUGCCCGGAUUCGACGACACGAUCGUGUUCCUUCAAGGUGGCCGUACCAGGGACGACCGUUCGGAGAUUCUGGAGAACGGUGACGAUCGGGAACGGAGCAACGCGUCGACCUCGUACGAUAAUAUCGAUCAUACGAGAUUCGGGGGCGGUGCCACGCCGCCUGUACUACAGAACGGCGUGGCUGGACGACCAUCCGGUGGCGGUACAUACGGGGACGACACACCGUCCGUACCGUCCACCUCGAGACGACCGGACGGCGGUCAUUUCUCUGGGAGCAACGCGAGUGCCGCCAGUAAUUUGAACUCGUCGACUGCUGCGCCGUCCGCCACAGCACACCAGAGUCUCUACCGCGGGGUAACCGAUCAGUUUGACGGAAGCCCUACGAACAAAGCGACACGUAGCCGGCUGCAGACGCAUCGCGGCGAACGAUGCGGACUAAACGGGUUGCGGAAUAUUGGAAACACAUGUUUCAUGAACAGUGUGAUUCAAUGCCUGAGCAACACGAGACCGUUACUCGAGUAUCUGCUAAACGAGCAGUACCUGGCGGACAUCAACGUCUCCACGUCCAGUAUGAAGGGCGCACUGAUCAAGGCGUUCAGCCAGGUGAUACACGAAUUGUGGGAGGCGGGCGGUGAUCACGUGGUGAACACCACCGCUUUAAAGUCUCAGAUACAAAGAUUCGCGCCGCGAUUCAUGGGCUACAGUCAACAGGACGCGCAAGAGUUUCUCCGAUACUUGCUCGAGGGACUGCACGAGGAUGUGAACAGGGUGACGGUGAAGCCACAGCCGAUACACACCGAUAUCCCUGAUGUGUAUACAGACAGCCAGAAAGCUGUGGAGAGUUGGAAACGUUACCUCCGCAGCGAGGACAGUAUGGUGGUGGAUGUGUUCGUUGGUCAAUUACGCUCGUCGUUGCACUGCACUGACUGCGACCAUGUCUCGGUAACUCUGGACCCUUUCUGGGACUUGAGUCUGCCGAUACCGGCCAGAAGCGGCACGGUCAAGCUCAGCCAAUGCUUGGAACAUUUCACCCGCGAAGAGGUUCUCGACGGUGACGAGAAACCGACCUGCUCCAAGUGUCAGAUGAGGCGAAAGUGUACCAAAAGCUUCAGCAUACAGAAGUUUCCGAAGAUCCUAGUUAUUCACUUAAAACGUUUCUCACCCAUGGAACGAUUCCGCGGCAAGCUAAACGUCACGGUGGACUUUCCAUUGACAGGAUUAGAUCUCAGUGCCUUUGCCGCCCCAAGAGUUCCGGGCUGUACAUACAAUUUGUACGGUGUCGCCAACCAUUCUGGCACCACGUACUCCGGUCAUUAUACCGCGUACUGCAAGCAUCCGUACUCGGGCGAAUGGCACGAGUACAACGACAGUCGAGUGUCCGUGGUCCCGGCGCGAUCGGUGGUCACCAGCGAAGCCUACGUACUGUUUUACGAACAGCAGCCUCAUAGCUCUCACUUGUAACCUCACGCCAUGCCUAGAAUUUAAAACGACCAUCUUGCCUCUCGAUACCUCAGUCCAGCAUAGUGUAAUAAUGAAAAUUAUACUACUUUAUCGUGUGGUAUUGAAAAGCGACUAAACACUGAACGACGAACAGCCCCGGGGUUGUCGUCUUCAAGUCGAACAACACGGGGUAGAGUGUGUGUGUGUGUGUGUGUGUUUUGUGGUGUGUAUGGUGAGACAUUUGGCGAUAAUCAUGUAAUCAUCCUCGAGCUGUUCCUUUGUUUUUCUUCGGAUCUACACUCCCAUGGUCGUACUUCUCGCUUUCUCUCUCUUCCUUCCUCUCUUCUCUCCUUUUUGGCUUUCGUUUAGAGACACACAACAGACGCUUUCGGGUACGUUCAGGAGAGAUAUAUAGGGACGAUACAGAUAGACCUUCGAUGGAUAGAACGCAUCGCGUAAGUCAAAAAACUUUUUUAACGUCGUACUCUUAAACCGAGAUUCCUUGAUCUUCGCAUGUUCUUUCACUUCUUUUUUCUCUUAUUUUAUAUAUGUAUAUAUAUAUAUAUAUAUAUAUAUGUGUAUACACAUACAUGGAAUAUACAUUUGUCCAAUCAUGCGAUUUAAAGAGAAGAUUUGCCAGAAUCGAGAAGUGUAUGUAUAUGUAUAUAUGUAUAUGUACUUUGGUAUUUGAAGAAAAACGAAGAGUACUCAUGACUUCGCCAAAGAUCACGUAUACGGAGUAAUGCGCUUCGGAUGUCUAGUUACUUUUGAAUAGACGAUAAUAGUAAUAACAUGUAUCCUCACUCUUCACCUGGCAAUCUACAGCUAUUUACUUUUGUAAAAUAUUUUGUUUAAUAAUAUA